AUGGUGGAGGACUUGCCAAUUCUUCCUAAAAAACACUUGAAUAGAAUUGCCGAGUUCCACACCGAGCUGGAGCUUCUACCUGUCAAGGUUCUUGAGCAUCCUUGCAUCAAGCAUGCGGUAGAGCUUGAGCAAUCCUUCAUGGAGGGUGCCUACAACCGAGUGUUAAGCGCUCGGCAGGCGUGCCACAUGAGACCUACGUUUACUUCAUGGACCUUCUCGCGAAAACAGUUACAUGCUAUUGUGUUUUUCUGCUCUCACAGAGAUGAGAUCGCUGGGUGCAGCGAAAAGGGGUAUGAUUCCCUGUCUAAGGCGAAGGAGUCGCAGCCCUGCAAGGAGAUCCCAUCCUUGCAGCUCAUCAACCAGGCGCUCAGCUACGCGAGGGAGCUGGAGCGUAUUGUAUGA